AUGAGGAAUAGGUGGAAAGCGCUGCUGGCUUUGCUGCUCGUAGCCUUGAGCUUUGGCGGUACCACCGCUCUCGAAAAGUUUGCUCUGUACCGCGUUCGGCCGCACGACCUUCACGGGCUCGAACUUCUUUCCCAGCUUCAGAUCAACGACGAUAAAUAUGGCGUCAGUAGACUUUUAACUUUUCUCAUCGAAAAUCUUUGGCUUUAGUUGGAUUUCUGGAAGCAGCCGCAUGACGUCGGACACGACGGCGAUGUGAUGGUCGAAGGGGGCUCUUCGAAAAUUUUCGAACGACUUAUGCGACUGGGCAACGUCUCCUUUGCUGUCGCCGUACCGGACGUCGAAAGGUUUACUGUUGUUGUUCUGUACAAUGUCUCAAUAGGUAUCAGGUUGUUUGACAUUCAUUUUUCUGUAGUCUCCUACUUUCUAUAUUUUUUCUAGUUUUUAAUACAUAUUGAGAGUGAGAAACGGAAAAACGUAUUUUCAAAUUUGCACAAUUAUAUCAAAAUUUGAUCGAUGAUUCAAUGGAAAACCAAUGGGAAUAGUAUUUCUUGAUUAUAGAGUUUUUACGCGAAGUAUCUUUCAUAAAGAGUAGUACUUGCAGAUUGAUCCAGCGCAACGAAGGAAAAAGGGCUUCAGAUUCCCACGGAAGCCGUCGACUCAACGACGAUCCGAUUCUCGACAGCGAACGUAAGAACCUCUCUGAACUAAUUUUGGGUCUGACAUAAAUUCCCUUUCUGUUUUGAACUUGUUUCCUUCUUCAAAAAUCCUUCUAAAAUCUAAAUUAAUUCAUUCUGAAAAUUUUUUUCCUUUUUCCAUCAACCAGUCAGAAAAAGUCUCACGAAAUUUUCAAAUAGCUCUAUUUUAUGGAAAUAGAGCAACAAGCUACAUCGGUUCUAGGUUUUCAGAAGUCCAAUUUUUAGUAUUUCUCACUCCUCGAAAGAUAUUCUCCUAUUUAUCACGUUAUUGAAACUUCAUUUAUUAAUCAUGAUGACGUCGAAAAACUUUUAUAAAAAGUUUUCUUCUUAAUCAAAAUUUUCUUUCCAGCGGAUAUGGACUAUAAGAAGAUUGGUCAGUUGAAAAAAGCCAAGUAUCCAUUUGGUGACUACGCCUCCUAUGCCGACAUGAUCAAGUACAUGCGAACCAUCGAGUUCUACUACCCGAAAAUAGCGAAAAUCAUCCGGAUCGGCACGACUCAUGAAGGCAAACCGAUAGAGGGUCUCAAGGUAUUCUGCUUCUCAUGUCCCAAAAAGUCUCUAACUGACUUGAAUUCAAGAUCGGAGCCGCCAACGAUUCGCCCAAGCGCGCCGUUUGGGUCGACGGCAACAUCCACGCACGCGAGUGGGCCAGCAGCCACACGGCCCUCUACUUCAUAAAUCAGGUCUCUUUCCAAGCUUGCAACUAUAUUUUUUUCAUGAGAGUUCGAACUAACUCAAUUUCUAUGCGAAAUGAAAUUUUCCAAUGGUUUUUUCUUCAAAACUAUUCCUACUUGGAACAAACUCACUUCCAAAUCUCAAUUCAGCCAUCACUCCAAGCUUUUAAAAAAUUUACUGGUUAAUCUACCAUUGCACGAGAUCUUCUUAUCUACUCCCCCAAGACUCAAAUGAUGUAUAACUGUAUAAUGUAUUCUCUCAAGUUCUAGAUCCAACUAAAUAGAAAAACUCUACAGGGGCCACUAAAACGGAAAAUAGUGGCCACUAUAGAGGUGGGUUUAGUUUUCACUUAAAAGUCCUCUCCGAGUAGUCUUUGGCGAUCCUCUAUAAAAGCCACUAAAAAUUUUCCCAGCUGCUGGCUUAACGCCAAAGCGAAAUUACUGAGUUCGUUAAACACCAACGAAAUCCACGUCGAUAUGUGGUGUUGCUAGAACUUCACCUAUUUUUUUUAAAGAUUUGCUAGCGUUAACAAAAAUUUUAUUUUCAAAACCUAGCUCCUAUUUUAGCAUUUUCUGAUUGUGUUCCCUCUAGGUUUACGCUCUUUUUACACGAUAAAAUUUUCUUAAAGACCACUUCCUGUGCAUGAAAGUUGCAUCCUAAAAAAAGGCUCGAAAUGAUGACAUCAAAGACUUCGCAAUACAAUUAGUCGACAGUUGAAGAUUUUCUUUUCUUAUAUCACAUUUUUUCUUAUCAAGUUGCAAUAACUAUUUUCUGGCAGCUCGUCUCCGAAUACGGCAAGGACCCGUCCAUCACGCAAUACAUCGACAAACUCGACUUUUACGUCGUUCCUUGUCUCAACCCUGACGGCUACGAGUACACGCGAUCGUCGCCUUUCCCCAGCGUCUGUACAUCCGGAAGAUUACAACCAACAUCUUCUUCAGGUCCGGCUGUGGCGCAAGAAUCGCUCUCCAUCUCAGUGCCGCGCGACCAUCUGGGGCGGCGAGAAAUGCUGUCAAGGCGUUGAUCUCAACCGCAACUUCCACUUCCACUGGGCAGGUGCUUCUUGAAAAGUUCUUCUCUCAAAUCAAAAAAAAAUAAUCUCACCUUAAGAAAUAUGCGUAGAAACCGCAAGAAAACUAGAAAUUACAGCAACUUGUACGAAAAAAAACAUAAAUCAGCAGCGCUCUAGAAAAUUUCCGCAUGAAUACUGAUGGAGGCGGAAAAUUGUCAGCAUAGUCUGUGUGCCACGACUUGAAAUUUCAUCGAACGACAUUCCGCGGUUCCGCUGCGUGCGUUCGCGAAGCGUCUCUCGAAUCUAGGUCACGAUUUCAAUUGAUUGUUAUUGCUGUGGGAGCACAUGAAAGUAGAGUACCUUGAAAAAGAGAAAAAAAUUAAAAGCGCGACUAAGUUUCGCAAAGGCGCGCAGCGACACAGCGGAAUGUCGUUCCGUGAAAUUUCAAGUCGUGGUACGCGGACUAUAAAAUAGCUUGUUUUUUUCUCUAGAUUGAGGAGACUAGAGUUCUUAGGCUGAAGUCAUGAAAAUUUCAAGUAUCGAUCAAAUCAACCCUUAAAGCUUAGAGCGAGGAUCCUCUUCUGAACCCUGUUCCAACAUCUACCAAGGCGAAGCGGUUUUCAGUGAGCCCGAAUCAAUGUAACCCGCAUUUCCAUUCUCAUUGUUACCAUAGUUAAAUGAUCAGGGCGGUGAAGAACUUCCUCGAGCGUCCGGAAAUGACGGACCGUCUCGACGCCUUCGUCACCCUUCAUUCUUACGCCCAACUCUGGAUAUAUCCUUACAGUCACGAAGAACAGAACUAUCCGGAGGACAUUGCUGAUUUGGUAUCGUAUCCUGCGUUCCCGACGUUUCACCGUCAGACUUGCAGAGGAAAACGGCGCGUCGAGCUAUCACCAAACUCAGCAAGAUCUACGGCACUCAAUAUCGCAUGGGAACUGGAGCAGACACGCUAUGUGAGCUUGUUAAUUUUUUUUGAAGUCGUUCUUUUAGCUUCUUUUUGUUGCGAGCUUCCAGAAUUCUCUCGUAUUCUUCGUAUUUACAGCACCGGCCUCAGGCGGAUCUGACGAUUGGGCCAAAUCGGCACUCAAUGUCAAGUAUGUCUACUUGAUCGAACUUCGGCCAGAAAUGGAACGUUAGUCAUCUAAAUUUCAGCGAUUGCUUUGAUUUCUAUUUUUCAGUGUCAAACGGGUUCAUUUUGCACAAGAAGGAGCUGAUUCCGACUGCCGUGGAAACAUUUGAAGGUUUCCGCGAAGUCGUCAACGCAGUUCUGGAGCACAACGGUGUGCCGAAGAGCCCCAUCAAAAAAAUCUCAGCUUCUCAACGCAAAAAACAACAAUGUAAAAUAUUACUUCUCCAUUUAGUUAUCUUCCAAAAACUCUAACAAAAUCUUUUUCUAAACGAAUUUUCUCUUGAAAAUCUCGUGAACGUUGUCUUCGUUAUUUCUGAAAAAAUAAAUUAUCAUCAAAAUUGAGAUCGUAUGCGCUUGCUGGCAUCUCAGUCGACGACGGCGGUCACGAAAAUCCCGACUUCCAGCACUACAGUUGUCACUUCGACUUCUCUGAAAACCGGUUAGAACCGUGAACAUAGCUCCGAACUUCGAGAGUUUCAGCAGAAACCACGACGACAACUCAUUCCAGCAGACUCUUCGCCAGAAUGUCCAAGAAACUAGUUGUAAGUUUUUCUACAGUUCGUUUUUUGAUGUUUUCUGCAUGAGAAGAAGAAAAUACACUAAUAUGGGCUUUCGAAAAGAGGCUUUAUUAGUAGAGAAACAAGAGUUUUUUUUUUGUCAACCACAUUUUUCAUUCCAGUCAAUGCAUAAAGUGAUGUUUCAGAUGGCAGAAGAGAAAGAGACCAAGAGGCCGACGCCGCCGGUAGCCCCGCCCACAAUGAUCACGCCGACGACACUUGAAGCCGAACCUUCACCAGAACCAACAUCAGCACCGACGACGACAGAAGCGUCGAUGGCGUCGAAGCGUACGACUUUCGGCUUCUACACGCAGACCAAGCCGGCUUCGUUUGCCGACCCAUCCUGCCGCGACAUGCGCUACUCCUGCAGCUUCUGGCUCAAGCACAAUGCCGACGUUUGCGUCGAACAAGAAUCCUUCAUGCGCGGUCAGUGCGCAUUCACCUGCAAGUUCUGCACGCCGUUCAUUUCGCGCAGUUAG